AUGAAGUUUGAUCAGACGGAUUUUUAUCAAAUCCUAUCUCAGAAUAAGGAGACCAAGCAGGUUAAGGAGGUACCAGAAUGCCAAAAUGUUGAAACAUGUCAGAAGCAUCAAUCCAGUCGUGCAGUAGAUGGAGACAUUAACAUGUGUACAAGGACAGCACCUAUUGGAACUAAUACUCCAGAUAAAUGGACAUGGUGGUAUGUUAACCUUGAGAAAGUACUCAGCAUCUACAGCAUCAGAAUACAGUUCAAAGACUAUGGAGAACAAUAUGUCAUGAGACAAAGAGAGCGUUUUGCUGGUUUUUCGCUCUACGUGUCAAACACAACUAUAAAGGAGGAUGGGUAUCUAUGUUACAAGAACGGACAGGAUUUACCGUCCUUGGAUUUCAGUACAACUUGUGUUAAACAUGGACGUUACGUUAUAUUUUACAAUGAAAGACUUGACGGAACAACUUAUCCUACUGGAUAUGAAACAUCCCAAGUUUACACUGAAUUGUGUGAAGUAACUGUAACAGGCUGUAAAGAAUCCGGUGUGUUUGGAUAUAACUGUAAUCUACCCUGUCCAAACAACUGUCAGAAAUCGAGAUGUGACAUUGUCAGCGGAAAGUGUUUGGGUUGUACUGCAGGAUGGGUGGGGGACUUCUGUAACAAAUCAUGUCCAGCUGGAUAUUACGGUUUACAGUGUAGAUCUACGUGUACUAGACACUGCAGAGACAACGUGUCCUGUAACCACACCACUGGACAAUGUGACUAUGGCUGUGACAAUGGAUGGACAGGAACACAUUGCAACACACAGUGUCCUGCAGAAUCAUACGGUCCGGAUUGUAGGUAUAACUGUAGUGGACAGUGUCUGAGUUACCUCCCCUGUAACAGGGCCGUGGGAAGAUGUGAUGGAGGUUGUAAUCCAGGAUAUACCGGGGAACUAUGUGACAAAGUAUGUUCAGUUGGCCGGUACGGAUUGAAUUGUUCAAAGAACUGUAGUCCCCAUUGCCGAUCUGAAAGUAAUCAUUGUAACCAUAUAGACGGACAUUGUGAACAUGGAUGUGACGAUGGAUUCAAAGGAAGUAAAUGUGAGGAAAUUUGCAUUGGUGGCUGGUAUGGAGAAAACUGUUCUCUACGAUGUAAUGAAAACUGUGUCAAUCAGUCAUGUGACCAUAUCACAGGCAACUGUACAUACGGAUGUAAACCGGGAUAUAGGACUCCUCACUGCAAACAGGGUAAUUCUUAA